UCGCUUCUCUAGAACCCUACACAUUGUUUUUACUUUUGAUCAGAAUUGGACACGAAACAAAUCCAAAGGAGCCGGGAAGGCGACAUCCAGUUGUAUUUCGUAGUACACUAAAACUGUCCAACUGUGUUAAGGCUCUGCCUGUGCUGUGAACAUAAGAAUCCCUUAAUCAUCCCCCACAAUGAGUUUUCCCUUGACAAAUCCCAAUAAGGAAUCCGCGAGGGCAGCCUGCAAAAAAUGUGGCUAUGCCGGGCAUUUAACAUAUCAAUGCCGCAACUUUUUAAAGGUUGAUCCCAACAAAGAGAUUCUAUUGGAUGUCGAAAGUACUAGUUCGGAUUCAGAAUUGGAUUACCUAACCCCAUUGACUGAGCUGCGCAUGAAAGAGCUAAAGGAAAAGGAGGCGGAAAUAUUAAAGAAAAGUAGCACUAAGCCAGCUAAAGCCAAGUCAUCUUCCAAAACUAAGAAAUCUAAAAAGAAAAAGAGCCACAAACAUAAAAGCAAAAAGAAACGUAGCAGCAAAAGUAAGAAACACAAAAAACGCGCAACACCACCCACCUCCUCCUCCUCUGGUUCAGAGUCUUCCUCCUCCCUGACGUCUUCGUCAUCAAGUGAUAGCAGCACGGAAUCAGACUCAAGUGAUAAUGAAGAAUCGUCAACAAGUGAAUCGGAUGAAAAUGGUCGCAAAUUGAAAAAGAAAGGCAAAUAUAAGCGUAAGGCUGUGGAAACACCGAAUAUGAGACGCAAGAAAACUAAAGUAAAGAGGAGACGUUACAAGACCACCGACACUACCAGUGAUUCGGAGGAGGAUUCUUUUUCGGAUUAAAGAAGUAGUGAAUAUGAUCUUUUGUCGCUUCUUUUAGAACUCAAGUAGUUGAACAAUAGGACAUUAACAAAAAAGAAAAAUGACGCGAUCAUUACAAUCCAAACAUACUUGACACGGAAAUUAUUUCCAAGAAAAAUUGGUUAUUUAUUUAGGUACUUACAAUUGAAAAGAAUUUAUUCAAAUGUGAAUGAAACCGUAUAUACCCCUCAAUAUACAUAAGAUGUAGUAAAUAAAUAUAUUUAUAAUAACCAAUUAGCAUUUUAUAAGACUGUCUUUUCAAAGUCUUAAUUUUGAAUAUAACCACCGUAUAAGUUAUUUAAUUUUUAAACCACCUAUCAAAUAUAGCAAUAAUUUAUGACAAACUUAAUAUCUUUUUUAAUACAUUUGUUCUUGCAAUUUUCGAUAGAAGAAAGUGAAAAUUCCAUUUAAGACUUGUCUCUUCAUUUUAGUAACGUCAAUACGUAAUGUUUAAUUAACAGACAAUUAUCUUAUGUUAUUAUAGAAAACAAAAACAAAAUAAAAAAAGUAAAUAUAUAUACAGUCAUUUAUGUAUAAUUAUGUAUAUAAGAUUAUAUGUAUUUGUAGUAUGGAAAUUGCAUUAAAAAAAUACUUUUCAUUUUGAAUCGAA